AUGGGCUCCAACGGGAAUUUGUCAGAGUUCACCAUCGUCAAAUAUGCUCGCAAAAUCAGAGCUACACCCAAAGAGAUCGUAUAUAACCCCCGACUUCUUUUCUCAGCGGCCCUAUAUGCCUGUGCUGGUAUCCCAAUCACCUGGGAUCAAGGAUCAUCAUCCGUUGUGGCAUCGCUACCGGGGUUUCAGAAGCAUUUCGGUAUCGACUCUGGUGCGGAUGCCCAUAAGAUCUCCAAUCUCGUUUCGCUCGUCUACAUUGGUUGCGGUGUGGGUGCCGGGCUUUCCUUCUUCGUUAAUGACAGGAUUGGCCGGCUCUGGUCACUGCGCCUUUACAUGCUCGUAUGGAUAGCUGGUCAGAUGUUGGCUACCUUCGCACCGAACCUGCGCACUCUAUACGCCGCGCGUAUAGUCAGUGGACUUGGAAUCGGCCCUCUCACUGUGACAGGCACCAACUCGAUUGUCGAGAUUGCACCAACAGAGAUCCGUGGACUCUUGGCCACGUGGUUCAGUGUAGCUAUGCUGCUCUCCCUCUGGGUCUCCGUUUUCUGUGUCUACGGUGUCUACCAGGCCAUCGCCAGCAGUCGUUUGCAAUACCAGGUGGUCUGGUUUGGGCCGUGCGUCUUUAUCCUCGGGUGUAUCAUGGCUAGCUUUUUCAUAAGCGAGUCCCCCCGCUGGCUGUUUCUUGUUAAUCAGCGCGAAAAGGCCAUCGAGACCUUGGUAAGCCUUCGCGGGCUUCCAGUUGAUCACCCUCGCGUUAGUGCGGAGCUACGAGAGAUUGAGGAAGAUAUCCGCGAACUAAAUGAGGAAAAUGCCGUUCCUGGCAUUCGUGGCAUUAUCCGCGAGACAUUUUGCGUCUCGUCCAACCUACGCCGUCUUAUGCAGGCCUUGAUCUCAUUUGCACUUGCGCAGCUAUCCGGGGCCAACUCUAUCAGCUCCUAUUUUGUCCCCAUACUGACUCUCAUCGGCGCUAACAACAGCACGACGCAUAGUCUCUUUCUGAGUGGCAUGUACAGCAUCGCGAAAUUUUUCUUCACAUUGAUGGCCUCGUUCUUCUUCGUUGAUGCCUUGGGGCGCCGUAGAUCUGCAUUCAUCGGCAUCACCAUUCAGAUAAUCACUGAUCUGUAUAUUGGGAUCUUCAUCAAAUACCGCCAGCAGGGCCCCGUCUCUACCAGCGCCAGUCAGGGUGCCAUAGCGGCCAUUUUCUUCCAUGGUUUCGGAUAUGCUGUUGGUAUUUCAGGCCUCCUUAUUCUCCCGUACAUCUUUAGUGGUGAGUUGUGGCCCAACCGGAUUCGAUCCUUUGGUAGCGCCUUCUCUCAAAUGUUCCACUGGCUUUUCUUCUACGGCGUGAAUGCUGGAAUGCCCUCGCUGCUGGGGUCGACCGACCACUGGGGUGCCUUUAUCCUAUUCGCCUCCUUCAACUGCCUCGCUUUAGCCUACGUUUUCUUCAUGGUCCCUGAGAUGGCCGGACUAGGAAUGGAAGAGAUGGAUGAUUUGUUCCGAGGGCCAUGGUUCAAGGCCUACAAGCGGCCCCGGAAGGGAAACGUCCUUACUGGAGAAGAGGCUGGGGACAAGGUGGAGUUAGUUAACCGUAAAGACUCUUGCUUCCAGUAG